AUCCACGUCCAACUGUUCAUUUGUUCUGCGAUUUUUUAUUAAUUUUGCGUUCAGUCAGUGAAGUGGUGAAUUGUAAGAUUACGCGACAGAAAACAAAAGGGAUAAAUUAAAUAAAUUUUGUAUACUAGGAACUUCAAAAAUAUUUCCUUCUCGAUAAGGAUAAAAACUCAUGGACAUUACGUAAAUUUUUUAGAAAUUGUGGUGCUUUUUGCUAACAAGUUACUUAUACAAAAAAAGUGGCAAAAGUACGUGUAUAGAGAAUUAUCUUAUUAAGUGAAGCUUGAGUUUUUCGGUUCGCUGCACACCGAAAUACAUAAAUUGAGCAGUUAAAAAGAGCAAAUACAAUAGCACACGACAGGGCUUAUUAAAAACAAAACGAAAUAAAUAAACAUUAAAAGUAACCUACACAAACGGUGCUUCUAGGUUACCGAGAAUCUUUGGCAUUUGCCCUGUAAAUGUUCGUUCACCUAUAACAAAGCAACAACGAAGUCCCGCAGUCAUCAUCCACACCUCCAUCUCCUCCAUGCAUAAGUGAACAUAUUGUAGCACAAUUGAAAAUAAAGAAACAACAAAAUAAAGCUGAAUAGCAACAACUUUGUGGAAAGCUUUGACCAUUUUAUAUAUUUUCUCGCGAAUCAAGUAAAAUAAAAAACGCAGCAAAAUUUUGUGUUGGUACAGAGACAAUAAGCUAGUAGAACAAUUGCAGCGCACAUUACCUUGACAGUGACAGCACCAAGAAAAGUGACAAGUCAGUGAGGGAAGCAGAGAAUAGUUCUUACGAAGCUGUUGUCACUUCUGUGAAACAUUAAGUAAAUAUUUAUGCUUAUAUUUAAAUUAUAGCAAUAGAAACAAAAAAAAAAAGAAUUUUUUUUUGAAAUAAAGCAAAAAGCUCAACAACAAAUAUAUACAUUCAUACAUAAUAAGUCAUAAGUCAGCGUUGGAAUUGCCGAAAAUUUGACAUGUCAGCGGCUGAGGAGCAAAAUACAACAAUGAAUGAAUUGACGCCGGAAGAGAUACGCGCACGUAGGCUGCGUACCUUAGCGGCGGCUAAUAAGGUUAAUUCGGUCACUGGGAACACAGCUACAACGGCAGGGAACAAUUCCACCUUGACGACACCAACGACAGUUAUUGAUGAAACGAAGAAAGAUAAUAAUGCUAAUCAUGCAGCCAAGGAGUCGCGAGUACUACGUACCAAUUUAACAACAACAGCAUCAUCGUUAGAUGUACAAUCAGCUGAUGCGUCGACCGUCCCGGAAGCCCCCAACUUGGAUGGUGAUGUUGAAAUGAAUUCACUAAAUACCACACCCACUCAACACUUGGAUGUUACGAAAUGUACAACAGUGCUAGCUUUAGCUUCCGCUAUGUUUUCACCACCAAAAACAGUGGACGAUAAGAAUGACAGCAAGAAUACGGAUCUUAGCAAUAUUGAACAAAUGGAGACAGGGGAUUCGGAGAAUACGGAAAUGAUCACUGAAGAGAAGCAGUCAAUAGAUGAGCGCAUUGAGCACAUGCUUUCGAAAAUAUUCAAUGCCACAUGGAAUGAAUAUGGUGUCGGUUCAACGAUUUGUCCACAGACUGCUAGUUUUCUUGAACAUUAUCCACAAAUGCGUUUUGAUUUCGAAACAAUCAUACACGAUGUUUUAUUAGAAUGUGUUUUAAAAAUAUUCAAAGAUGAGUAUGAAGGUAAAGAGGCUGCUGAGAACAGCGCAAAUUCAACUGCAGAAUUCGAAGCGCAAACUAGUGGUGGCGAUAAUGUGGCAAGUGGUGUAAAUACAAGUGAUACCAAAGCAUCACCAUCACCAACAACAUCCGCAACGGCAAGUACUUCUACUGGCGCAUCGUCGAAUCCAACUUAUUCAACGCCGAAAAAGAUUAAAAGCGAUGACACAGAAGUACAAGAAAUAUUGGCAAAUGCUGCACCGGGUAGUGCCGGCGGUACACGAUCUUCGAUUUUCUUUUCGGAAAAUGCCAUGACUCGCGGUAGGAGUAGUAGUAGUGCACGAGAGGAUGAUGGACCGAGCUCCUCACAAGCAUCAACAUCAGCUGUUACCGACCUGAAUAGCUCCGGUAGUGUAAUGAGUUCUUCUACCAUCUUGCGCGGCACUUUGAUUAAGCAGGAAGUGGUUUUGUAUUUAGUUAAUUGUCAUCGAUUACGUCACAAGUUUCUAACAGAUACUACUGUCAGUCAAAGUAACGAUUCAGCUGAUGAAACAACAAAAAUUCAAAAUGUCUUGCAAGAUGCUUAUGAUGCUAUAAUGCGUACUACUAUACUUGUGCUCACCGAUCGCAUUUACGAAAACAAUUAUCUCGUUUAUGAUCAAUCCGCAUUGCUUGAAAUGAUAUAUCAGGGUCGCAUAUCCGAUGAAUUCCUAUUUGAUUUAGUAUCUACUGCAUUCAGCCAAGGUGAAGAUUUUCAAAAAAUAUUCAGCCAACUUUUGCGUGGUCUCUUUAUUGGCAUGCAACGGAACAUUUGUUCGGCCAGUAUUAAUACUCAACAAAUUGAUGUGCUAGCCAAGCUGGUGAAUAUAAAGGUUGGCACAGCGCGACCGAUGUGCGAUUUAAUUGUAUCACAAGCUAAUUUCCUGCCACCGAUUUGUACGAAAAUUCCCGGUAGAGAAAUAGUGAAAUGCAGUUAUUUGGGCCCAUUUCUGUCUCUCUCGCUUUUCGCCGAGGAGAAUGUGAAAUUCGCCGAGGCGCAUGGCAAGAGCAGUGUUAUUGUUUGUAGCAUGUAUCAUUUUCGUUGGGAAAUGCAAGCCAUGCGCUCAUCAAUGCAUUCAGUAUUUUACUCUCUGUUUGUAAACGGAAAAAGCCGCCCUAAAACUCUUGAGUAUGUUGGUGCAAUACUACGCCACAAUGAGCGUCGCGCACAAUUUUCUAGCGAUGAAAAGUUGCUUGCACGCGAUGGUUUUCUAAUUAAUCUAAUGAGUGUUAUGCAACAGAUGUCGACAAGAAUCAAAAUGGAUCGUGUCGAUCCUUCAUAUCCAUUUUAUAAAGACUCUUUGAUCUCAAUAGAGAAUGAUACGAAAUUACGUUUUGACUCUGAGGAAUAUAAACAGUUUCUAGAACGUGAAUUUGCAACGGCUAAACAAAGUGGAGAAUUUCAGACACAAUGUUGGUUUCUUACACUGCAGGCGCAUCAUUUAGGCUACAUGCCAGCAAUACAACGCUAUCGGCAGAAGACGCGUGCUAUCAAAGAGUUGCAAAAGCUCGUCGAUGAAAUUGACCGAACCAAAACGCAUUGGGAGAACACGUCGUAUGCGAAGAGAAAUAUACAAUUCCGUGAACGUUGGAAUAAACAAUUGAAAAAGUUGAUGAGAUCCAAAAUGUGCUGCGAACUAACUUUGCUUGAUCCAAAACUAUUGUCCUCUUGUAUGUACUACUAUUCAUCCGUUUGUGAAUUUCUUUUAUACCAAAUCGAGGGUCGUCCAAUUGAGGGUCCAUUCAUAUCCAAGGUACCGGCACAUCAGCUGAAGGUUAGCGAUGCACUUUCCGCACUUCCCGAAUGGUAUGUGGAUGAUAUCGCCGAAUUUAUACUGUUCGCCAUGCAACAUGCACACAAUGAUAUACGUCAGACUAUCGAUCAUUCGAUAAUCACAUGGUUGCUAACAUGCGUCUGUGUUCCCAAUUUUAUAAAGAAUCCUUAUGUCACUGCCAAAUUAAUUGAAGUGUUGUUUGUGUUCUCGCUUGGACCACAAAAUACACUUAACACAGCUGUGUGGAACCAUGAGUUGGCGCAGACAAUACUAUGUGGUGCGCUCAUGAAAUUUUACGUAGAUAUUGAAACGACUGGACAAAGCACUGAAUUCUAUGAUAAAUUUACAAUUAGAUAUCACAUAAGUCAUCUAUUCAAAUCAAUGUGGGAUAAUCCCGUUUUACGCCAAGUUAUGAUAACUGAAUCGAAUUCCGGCAAACAAUUUGUGAAAUUUAUAAAUAUGCUCAUGAAUGAUACCACAUUCCUGUUGGACGAAUGUCUUGAAAAUCUAAAACGCAUUCAUCAGACGCAGGUAUUAAUGAUGACCGAGGCGUGGACUCAAAUGAGUGCUGAACAGCAACAAGCCAGAUUAUCGCAAUUGAGUACCGAUGAACGGCAGUGUCGCUCGUAUUUAACGCUUGCGCGGGAAACCGUUGAAAUGUUUCAUUAUUUAACUAACGACAUUAAAGAGCCAUUCAUGCGCGACGAAAUAGUCGAUCGUCUCAGUUCAAUGUUAAAUUUCAAUUUACAACAAUUGUGUGGACCCAAGUGCAAUGAUCUGAAAGUACGCAAUCCAACCAAAUACGGUUGGGAGCCACGUCGGAUGUUGGGUGAAAUUUUCGAUCUAUAUAUACAUCUAGACUGUGAUAGAUUCGCGCAGGCAUUGGCAGCCGAUGAGCGUUCGUUUCAGAAGCAUAUCUUCGAUGAUGCUGCCAGUCGUGUAGAGCGUUUGGGUAUACGUUCCACCAUUGAGGUUGAAAAGUUUAGAUCGCUCAUUGCAAAGGCGCAUGAUAUAUAUGUUGCUAAUCAACUCGCUGAAGAUGAAUGCGCCGAUGCACCCGAUGAGUUCAAAGAUCCUCUCAUGGAUACCCUAAUGUCGGAUCCCGUCAUACUGCCAUCGGGUACGAUUAUGGAUCGUGCCAUUAUAACGAGGCAUUUACUUAAUAGCAGCACCGAUCCCUUCAAUCGUCAAACAUUGACCGAAGAUAUGCUCGUGCCAAAUACUGAAUUGAAAGAACGCAUCGAUGCUUGGCGUAAAGAGCAGCGUUUCAAGAGACAGCAGGAGCAACAGGAACCGGAGCAGAGUGUUAGCGUCAAUGAUAAGACCAGCUAAAUCGUAUUUUAGUAUAAGUUAAGCGAUUGCGUGGCGUGGGAAGUGUGCGGUGAAUGACAUACAUAGGCAAAGACAAAGACAAAUUAGCAAGCAAGCAAGCAAGCAAACAAACCACACAACAAACGUAUAAAUACCGUAAGGGAGCGCCAAUGUAUGUACAUACAUACAUAUUGAUUGCUGUUAUUUUGUUGCUUUCGCUGUCAUUGCUGCUGCUUCCGCUGACACACAACAACGACGAAGAUUUUGUUGUUUGUUGGCGUGUUGAAAAGAAUCGAAUUUUAAUUAGUUGUUUUGUAUGUGUGCGUGUGUUUAAACAAAAAAAAAAAACAAACAAAAAAGAGGAAGAAAAACCGAAAAAAUAUAUUUCCUUUUUUUUUUUUGGGAUCCAUUUGCCUCCAUACAAUUUGAGGUACAUACAUAUAUGCUCUACUAAUAACAUAGUUAUAUUCACGGGCUUUUGUUUUGUUUCUGUUUUGGAAAAUUUCUAAUACUCUGCCAAGCAAUUUAUGCAUUUUUCAUAAUUACAUAUAUACAUAUAUUAUAAUUUUUAUUUGUACGAGUUGUUUUGUUUUUGCUGAAUAUUUAUUAUACAAUUAUUAUUAUUAUUAUUAUUUUCUCUUGUCUUGGUAAAUGUAUUUAUUAUUUACUCCAAUGGAUAUUUCUAUGAUUUAGCUGAAGUUUUCAGCAUGAAAAAAACAAAUUUUUAUACAUGCAAAUGAUAAUAUGAAAGGGAGAAAGAGAGUGUGAAAAAACGAAAAAAAAAAAAAAAUGUUGAUUCAAUUUCCGCCCUUUUUGAAGAAAAAAAUACAACAACAACAACAACAACAACAACAACCGCAAAAUAUUGUCAAUUUAUUUGAAUAUACGAUUACACGCAUACUAAAUGUAGUACGUACAUACAUACAUACAUACAUACCAACACAAUAUGCAAGCAAACGAGCAAAA